CCGGUCCGGAGAGAGACCCCGGGCGCCGCGGCGCGUGUGGCCGCCCGCUGUUGCCGGGACACCCGCCGCGCCGCGCCGCCGCCCUCGCCAUGCCGCUGCUCUUCCUGGAGCGCUUCCCGUGGCCCAGCCUGCGCGUCUACGCGGCGCUCAGCGCCCUGGCCCUGCUGGGCUGUCUGCUCAGCGCCUACAGCGCCCUCCGCCAGGCCGAGCCGCCGCCGCCGCCGCCGCGGCCGCCGCUGCCGCCGGGCCACGGCCCCGCCGCGCUGGACUUCGCCUACUACCUGCUCUCCGACGGCCUCUGCGUCUGGGUGCUGGUGAAUACAGCUUGUUGCAUUCUAAUGCUAAUUGCAAAGCUAAUACAGACCAUUGUUUUUGGUCCUCUCCGUGUUAGUGAAAGGCAGCAUCUCAAGGAUAAGUUUUGGAACUUCAUCUUCUACAAGUUUAUUUUUAUUUUUGGUGUGUUAAAUGUCCAGACAGUAGAAGAAGUGGUCAUGUGGUGCCUCUGGUUUUCUGGGCUUGUGUUUUUACAUCUGAUGGUGCAGCUGUGCAAGGACAGGUUUGAAUAUCUGUCUUUUUCUCCCACCACUCCACUGAACAGCCACAUUCGAGUCCUGGCCCUCCUGGUUGCCCUGUUGCUUUCCUGCUGUGGCCUUGCAGUGAUGUGUGGCGUCAUUGGCUAUGCUCAUGGAAUGCACACGCUGUCUUUUAUGGCUGCGGAGUCCCUGCUUGUCACCGUAAGAACUGUGCACGUGAUUUUACGUUACAUCAUUCAUCUCUGGGAUCUCAACCACGAAGGCACCUGGGAAAGCAAAGGCACCUAUGUUUAUUACACUGAUUUCAUCAUGGAGUUAAUGCUUCUGUCCCUGGAUUUGAUGCACCACAUUCAUAUGCUGAUUUGGAAGCUGUUUGGCAACAUUUGGCUGUCGAUGGCCAGCCUGGUGAUCUUUAUGCAGCUGCGCUACCUGUUCCAUGAGGUUCAGCGCCGACUUCGCCGCCAUAAGAACUACCUGAGGGUGGUUGGAAACAUGGAAGCAAGGUUUGCAGUGGCAACUCCUGAAGAACUGGCCACCAACAACGAUGACUGUGCCAUCUGCUGGGAUUCCAUGCAGGCCGCCCGGAAGCUCCCUUGCGGCCACCUCUUCCACAACUCAUGCCUGCGCUCCUGGCUCGAGCAAGACACCUCCUGCCCAACCUGUAGAAUGUCGCUGAAUAUUGUGGACAACCACCAUGCUCAGGAGGAUCACCAGAGAGAGAACCUAGAUGAAAACCUGCCCCCUGUGGCAGCAGCUGAAGGCAGACCUCACCUGAACCAGCACAAUCACUUCUUCCAUUUUGAUGGGUCCCGCAUUGCUAGCUGGCUACCGAGCUUUUCGGUUGAGGUGAUGCACACCACCAACAUCCUUGGUAUCGCGCAGGCCAGCAACUCUCAGCUCAAUGCCAUGGCCCAUCAAAUCCAGGAGAUGUUUCCCCAGGUUCCUUACCACCUCAUUCUGCAGGACCUGCAGCUGACCCGCUCGGUAGAAAUAACCACGGACAAUAUUUUAGAGGGACGCAUCCAGGUGCCUUUCCCAACGCAGCGCUCUGACAGUAUUCGACCAGCGUUGAAUAGCCCUUUAGAAAGGCAUAGUACUGAUCAAGAAGAUGCUGAAGAGGUCAUUCAGGCCGAAAGAAUCCCGCUUGAGCUUGGCUCCAGGCUGGACGAGAUGGCGGAAUUCAACGAAACGGACGUAGAAGCCGCCGAGACGGAGGACUUUGAAGUGAGAGGCAGCCGCUUCUCCAAGUCGGCUGAUGAAAGGCAGCGGAUGUUGGUCCAGAGGAAGGACGAGCUGCUGCAACAAGCACGCAGGUGCUACCUUAACAAAACCUUUGAUGAUCCUGCCCCAGACCUUUCUCCUCCGGCUGAAGGUGCGGCCUCCGACCCCAUCGCAUUGCGCCGCCGGAUGUUGGCAGCCGCUGCGGAGCGAAGAUUGCAGAAACAGCAUCCCUCCUAACGCUUCUGGUCUGCUGUUCCUUUCCCACGUGCAACCUUGAUGUCAUCCUGAGCUCUCCCUCCCUGCUGGUGAUGGGGGUGGGUGGGUGGUCUCUUCCAAGCUCGGCAGACGGUGCCGAGGACAAGGGAUCGGGUCGGCUGCAUCUUCACCGUAGAAAAGCAUGUGAUAUCUAAUAAGUGUUUGGGCGGCUGACAACUUAACCUUUCUUGGGUUCAAUUGUUUUCCUUGAGGUUGGAUUUUCUCAUUUCUUUUUUAAGGGGUAUCUGUUUCCCCCCUUCGUGACCCCAUGUGCAACUCUUACUAAAGCUUACUGUGUGCUGCAAGGGGGGGAAAUGGGGGGCAACAUGUUUGUGGACUGUGAUUGAAGAUUACCAUGCCAAUAGGACAGACCCCCCCCACCCAUGAAGCUGUUUCGAGAAGUAGUAAAAUAAGUGACAAAUGAAGGGUUAUGAUUUAAAAAAAAAAAAACCACCGUCAUCCCGCCCUCCUCUCCUCUGGGAAAGGAAGGUUUUUCCAUGUGAAAUGUACAGAGAAUCAUUUGGACAAAGGUGACGUUUCUACAGGGUUGGGGCAGGGAAGCAGAGCCUGCUGUCUACAGGAGCCACACGGGAGCAGAAGUUUUGCUGCAGUUUUGAAGUGGCUCAAAGAGAGAUUAAAACUCCCCCCUGCCCUCCUUUCAUGGAAGGCUUUGAACAUUUCUGGAUUCUUUUCCCGAGAGGCUGGCAAGGAUGUUUGAUUCGGUGGGUGCCAGUGUUAGGCGGCCAAGGAGAAAACCCAGGGAUAAGGAGUCAGGAGGAAGCUCUAAGGCGCUUUUUUAAUGCAGCAUUUCAGUUAAGUGAGUGGAUGGGGCAAGAGAAUUAAAACUGGAGGCAAAGCGCAGAGAAGCCUCUGCUGACAUUUGGAAGGUGGCAUUUAUUUACGAGAGGUGGGCAGCAUGCAGAGAUCUAUUUUUUUAAUUGUACAUUUCGCAUUAACAUUAGCUUGAUAAGAUGUACAGGUUCAAAAGACCGGAGGGCUAUUUGAUAUAUUGUUAGGUAUGUUCCAGCAUUUCUCAAAUACUUAAAAUGCUAGUAGGCAUGUUGGAGGUUCCUAAGGUCUUAGGCUUCCUAAAUAUGUUUACAGUGGAAGGCAAGCAGUUUUUAAGUGUUUAAGGAGUAUCACCCAAUAUCCAGAAGGAGCCCCGUAUUAAUAAAAAAAAAUGGAAAUAAUCUGUUUUACGGCUAGGUUUUUAGGACAUUUAAAGGUGAAUAUAAGGAAACUGGACAGUGUUUAAGUGAAGAUAAUUUAUUCCGAUACACCCUUUGCAAAGCCUUACUUUUCAGUGCUGUUUAAACUUUGGAGGGAAAAAAACACUCUUUUGUGAUUCAGUUUUGCUCAGAACUCAGCUCUUUGUUUUUAUUGUUUUAAAAAAUGGAAAUAAAAACUCUUGAUCAGUG